GUCAGGGUUGAUGGUGUUAGUGGUGUUGUUAGAUUGACUCGGAGUUUAGCUGGAGUUGAUGACAUGCAUAACCGGCAUUUGGAUAACAUCUUUCUACUCGUCUUACUAAUACCAUGAACUCAUGUUCGUUUAACUAAUGGUUAAAACAUACUCUUUUGGCCCCAAAGCAAAACCCUCAUUCUUAGUUCUCAUGUUGGACACAUACUGUUAUGCCGCUUACACCAGAAAGUAACGCUAGAUUCUGAGAUGAGACAGCUCAAGCUACCUACCAAGCAACACAGGCAAUCUCCAUGCGAAGAUCUAUGGUUUUAUAGGUAGCCAUAUCAAUCAAGCAAAGAGAUUGUUAUUCUCACCUAGUACUGCUUUAUCCAUUGUUUGGAUAAAUAUGAAUUCGCAAUCUGAUGCAUUUCACAAGCACAAGCGCUUAGGUAAGCCACCUACGACUUGGAAGAUCUCGGGAGUUGCGGAGCUUGAUCGACUAAACCGCUUACGGUGUGCUCAACCAUUGGAUGCUCUUUCUCACUGAAUGCUGUAUAUCACCCUAAGAUUGUGUUUGCCUACUGACGGCCAGUCGUGAAGGGGUGGUGUUCUUGCAUUUAUGAGUCUUAUAUGAAGGCCUGCUGUUCUCUCAAAUUUGCUUAUCCUACACCAGUCCCCUCAUCCUAGCUUUCUUGCUACAAAUCGCUCAACCCUGUCUACUCAUCGUAAAAGUGAGCCUCGGACAGGGAUUGUAUAGGAGUCAUUGAGCUCUUAUAUGAGUAUCUCCAGGUACUUAUCCGGCGUGAGAAAAAUGGCCAAGACGGUUUGUAUUGUUGGCGCUGGUCCUUCGGGACUUGUCGCAGCCAAAACGCUGUUACACAACACUGCCCCCGGCGAAUUCAAAGUCACCAUCUUCGAUGCCCAGAAGGACAUUGGAGGUCUGUGGCCUACGUCAAAGACGGACAAUGGCAGACAGGUCCACCCAUUUAUGUGGGCGAACCAGAGCAGACAUACAAUGCAGUUUAGUGAACUUGCCUGGGAGGAUAGUGAUCCUCAACUCCCACAAGGUUGGAUGGUUGGAGAGUAUCUUCACAGAUAUCUCGAGCGGUUCCUGAAGAGCAACAAGGACUUUGAACUCAAGCUUGGUACACGAGUUGAGAGUGCAGAGCGGCCGAAGGGGUCAUCUAAUGGUUGGGUUGUCAACACCAAGUCAGAUGCUGGAACUGAAACAAGGAACUUUGACUAUCUUCUUGUUGCUUCUGGUUUCUUUGGAAAGCCAAUUAUACCCGAGAGUCUUGAGAAGCAGACACCUAUCCCUGUUGUCCACAGCAGCCAUUACAGGGAAGUGAAGAGCCUUCUGGGCAAAGGCAGACCUGGUGGUGGAAAGAUCCUCGUCGUUGGUGGGCAGAUGUCUGGUGUUGAGAUUGCUGGAACCAUUGGCGCUCAUCUUUCCUCCGUGGCCAACUCACCCGAUCCAUCGAAUAUUACCGAUAUCGACAAGUACAGUAUUCAUCAUGUCAUUCAGCGCCCGAUCUGGGUAUUUCCUCUUUAUACCAGUCCCAAGCCUGCAGAAGUCGCAGCGCCAUUUCUCCCUCUCGACUUUUCUUCAUAUAACCUCAACAACCGUCCUCGACCCUUGACCAAUACACAAGGACACAUCCCCGAAGCGACAGCAAAGGUGGUCCACAGCGUCUACAAAGGCGUUCUUGGCUCUGAUCAAUCCGAAUACUCCCCACUGCUCAAAAUCGAUGGCACAAAUGAUGAUAAGCAGCCCUACUUAGCUGUCAGCGAAUGGUACACUGAUUUUGUUCGAUCUGGAAUGAUUUCUUUGUCGAAAGGCAAAGUUGAAAGCCUCGGGGGAUCUACGGCAACACUGUCCGACGGCACAAAGAUUGAGGACAUUGCAGCGGUGCUGGUUGCGACAGGUUUUGAUGCUUCACCUUGCAUAAACUACCUUCCUGAAGACGUCUUGAAGGCACUUCAUUUCUCACCAAAACAUAUUGAUCAGCCUGUCGCCCUGGCUUUCCAUGGAACUCAUCACCCCGAAGUGCCAGAUCUAGGCUUUGUGGGAUUUUACAGAUCUCCUUACUGGGGUGUGAUGCAGAUGCAGGCUCGGUUUGUGGCUGCGCUGUGGUCAGACAAUGUAUCCCCUGGUCGUGAAUCUGAGAUCUUUAAGAACAAGCUUCGCGAUGACAUCUCGAUUCAGCGAACACUCGAAUUGCGAAAUGAUCCCCGAGUAUCGCAGUUCCCAAUGGGCGACUACCCUUAUCUGGUGAAUGAGAUUGCAGAGGCACUUGAGUUGAAGAUUCGCGAGCCUCUUGAGCCUCCAGUUCCCAGCUUACCACAUAACAAUCUGCCAAUGGACAUGCUCACACCGGCGAGGUACUCAAGUCCUGGUGACGAUCAGGAUUCAAAGGAUGCUGCGACAAAAUCACUCGAGCAAACACGCAAAGAUGCAACUGAUGGUCUGACGACGUCAAGAUUCGUGGCCCACGCUGUUUUUCGAAGUCUUCUCGGUACAUGGAAACUCGAGCGCGAUCUUGUCAGCAAGCUACCCUCACAUCCGAGCGGACACUUUAGUGGAACCGCGCAGUUCCUCCUCCGCGAGAAGACGAACGAUGGCUUGCGAUGUGCGGUCAACGCUAGCGAGGAUUCCCCUAGCGAUGAUGAGCUGGGCAUGGAGUAUCUCUAUAUCGAAGAGGGAGAGUUCAAGACCGAACAGGGAUUUGGCUUCAAGGCCACACGCCGUUACGUCUGGAGAUAUGACGAGCUCAAGGAUGUGCUGAGCGUGUGGUUCGCUAAACCAGAGGAUCUGAAGCGUGCAGACUAUCUUUUCCACGAGAUUGAGUUCACAGAACCGACAGAUAAGGGAUGGAAGGCCAAGGCAGGACAUUUGUGUAUUGAUGAUUACUACGAUGUCAAGUACAACUUUGCCUUCCAGGCCGUGAACCUGAAGGAGUGGGGCAUCGAGUAUACGGUUAAGGGGCCGAAGAAGGAUUACACCAUCAGCGGCACUUAUAAGCGUUAGAGAAAAGACCAAAGAAGUAAUAAGAAACCAAGCUCUUCAGCUCCCCAAUGGCAAGAUAUUGUUGUGACAUCUCGGCGGACGAGCAAGGCAGGGAUACGGACCGGGCCGAUGUCUUGAUGGAUUGCUCCACACGCUGUGACAGGAUGCAUGAUAGCAUUUAACCUUAGAUAUGAUCGACUCGGGUAAUGUGAGAUGCAUCCGGGUAUCGUGGAGGAGCCGAUCGGCUGGGUCUUGCCGGCCUAUUAUGAUCAGAUCAUCCGUAACUGCAUGAUGCCUUCUAACUGCAGCGCUCAACUACUAAUUCACGAUUCCGAUUUCACAAUCCGAGCAUGGUCUCAAAGAGAUUUCUUCAGGACGAUAUCUCACCUUGAAGGCCAUAAAAGGCCCAAAAAUGCCAAUGCAUCGUAGAUUGUUGCUCCACAGCGAUGUGAGAUCCGAGAUUCGUGCGUUUGUUCGGUUUUAAUCGAGUAGUCCAAGUGAGUUUGGUAAGGCGUUUGAAGGAGAGUGAUAACCAGUCUAAUAUCAUGUUCUGGAUCGUAUUCAAACCCUUUCUUCUUGUAAAACGGCAUACUUGCAUAUCGAUACAGAGAAUCCUUGAUGGAGGUGGUCUCAAAUAUAGAAUUAGGUGUCAACGCAGGAGAGGAUAAUCCAGUGAAUACUCAACAAGUACUGCUUCAUUUAGUAGAGGAUGCAUAUCAGGCCAUUGCUGAGGUGCAACAUAGCCUUGUAUACGAAGUGCCAAUGCCUUCUCGAUGACUCACGCAUUGCCCAUGAUAUCAAUCAAACCUUCAAAUGAGGCCAUAAAUGAGAUGCUGCAACGCUCACCGAAUUGCACAAGCGUCCAGUGGUCACCGUUGAUAUGUCACCGAAGCUGACCUUGCGUUCCUUGUCCGUUUCAGGCCCAGCAGGGGCCUUUGUGAUCCUAUCAAGAUCGAUCUUAGAAAUUACAACUUUCGAUUGUUGGAAAUCAGACCAUAAAGAAGGGAUGAUUGGGGCUCUGCGUGCCUUGCAUAUCAGACAAUAAAUAGUCCCACCCAUUCGGGGCCGGGGGUCAUUAACCCGGAUCCCUGGGACACGGACACCGAACGAUUCCGGGGACAUUUUUAUGGGAGAUGAGAUUAGGGUCAGAAGAGCCUCGGUUG